AUGGAGGAAGGAUUGCCAUUUGUGAUGGAGAAAUGGUGGAGAAAGGUAUCAACACCAACAUCAAUGGCAAAAGUGGAGCUUAUUUUUCCAAAAGUAGAGGAAACAAUCGACCUCGAAGCAGGUGAAGAGGUGAAUAGUAGUAACGAAGAAGAGGAUGCGAGGUUACUUUUGUCGGCUGACGAGGAUCAAGAUAUUGAGGUUCUGGAGUUGAGCAAAGAAACUAUAAGAUAA